GCUCGCCGCGGCAGGCAGACGCCGCCGGCUGCAGCGCCGGCCCCGCGGACGGACGGACGGACGGACGGACACCCCGCAGCUAAGGGCAUCGGGGCACCAUGAACUGGGGGGUGUUCGAAGGGCUCCUCAGCGGGGUCAACAAGUACUCCACGGCCUUCGGCCGCAUCUGGCUCUCCUUGGUCUUCAUCUUCCGCCUGCUGGUCUACGUGGUGGCGGCCGAGCGGGUCUGGAGCGAUGACCACAAGGACUUCGACUGCAACACGCGGCAGCCGGGCUGCAGGAACGUCUGCUUCGACCACUUCUUCCCCGUCUCCCACAUCCGGCUGUGGGCCCUGCAGCUCAUCCUGGUGACCUGUCCCUCCCUCCUGGUCAUCAUGCACGUGGCCUACCGGGAGGCCAAGGCGCAGAGACGCCGCACUGCGGAGGGCGACGACUGCCGCCGCGUCUACCCCGACCCCGGCAAGAAGCGGGGAGGCCUGUGGUGGACCUACCUGCUCAGCCUGGUCUUCAAGGCUGCUGUGGACGUGAUCUUCCUCUACAUCUUCUACCGCUUCUACAGGAACUACACCCUGCCCCGCGUGGUGAAGUGCGAGCUCCCGCCGUGCCCCAACAUCGUGGACUGCUUCAUCUCCCGGCCCACCGAGAAGAACAUCUUCACCCUCUUCAUGGUGGUCACCGCCUGCAUCUGCAUCACGCUGAGCCUCGUCGAGGCCGCCUACCUGAUAGGCAAGCGGUGCCACGAGUGCCUCGGCGCCCGGCGCGGGCAGAGCCGCCAGCACUGCCGGGACUGCGCUCUUUCCCGGGCUGAGUCGUCUGAAACCGGGGGGCAGGUUUUCCAGGGGGCGGACUACAAGCCCCCCACGGCCUCCAUCCCUGCCAGCGCGCCGCAGGACGAAGAGGCUCUUCCCUAGCGGCUGGGGAGACGGUCCCACGGGAGGGAGCUGCCCGCUCCAUCGGGGUGGGGGGUGGGAUGCCAGAACCCCCUCCCAGAGGCUGCGGGCCCCAGUGGGGAUGGGGAGGUUGGACAUCAGCUCUUGACUGUGCAUCUCUCGGGGAAGGGGCAGGACGUCGUGCCAGCGAAGCUGGGUGAAGGCAGGGGCUGCAAGACGCGUGCUCCCCGCGGCCGAGGGACCGCAGCUCUGCGGAGCGGGCAGCAGCCUCAGCGCUCGCGCCGCCGGAGCCGGCCCGCCCGGCCCGGCCCGCAGUAUAUCCUUGCAGCAAAUAAAA